ACUUAACGGUACUAACAUUCUUCAUUACAUUGGAGUUUUUCAACUAUUUUCAUUGAAUACAAUGUCAUAUGUAUUGAGAAUUGAUUUCCAAAAAGCAGUGAAUCUUUUUAAAAAUUACGUUUAUAGUAAUAGCACUUAGAACUGUAUGUACACAAUAUUUAUAUUUUAAGAAAAGAUAAAAAUUUGUAUCUGUAUAAAUCUAUUAUUCCACAUGAACAUAGGUUAAUUAAAUAGUUUUGUGGAAACUAUUGGAUUUUUUAAAAUGUAUAACGCAGUUCGAUGUAUCACUAUUAUGAGAAAGUGUAAUAUCAAUAGUAUGAUUUAUUCGAUUCAAUAUAAAAUCAUCAACUCAGUAUUUGCAUAUUUGAAACCAACAUGUUAUAACAACUGUAAUAUAUCAAUAGUACGACCUUACUCAGGAUCACCCAGUUCUAAAGAAGUGACCAACUAUUAUAAAGAAAAGAAUAAAGAGAAAUUACAGCAACUUCUUAAAGAUCCUAACAAGUUAAAGAUAUAUAAUAAAUUGAAACUAGAGUUAGAGCAGCUUCAACAUACACAUGGUGCAGUGCCGAGUGAGAUAACUGAACUGGACUGGAUAAAGUUAAUUUCAGCAUCUACUAAAGCACAAAGAAGAAAAUGUCUUAUGUAUCGAUGGAAAACUGAAAUGUCAAAACUAAAUGAGGAAAAGAAGAAAGAAUUAAAAAAUUAUGUAUCAACGCAAAGAUAUUUAUCAAUUAAGAAGAAGGAAGAAGAAAAUGUAAAUCAUAGGAUCUAUGGAUUAAAUCGUAAUGCAUUAUUCUUACGUAUAAGUCGAACUGCAAUGAAUAGUUUCUACCAUAAAAGGUUACUUAAUGCCAUGUUAUUUGAUGAAGCAAAAAUAGUGUUCGAUCUUGGUUAUGAUGAACAUAUGACAACAGUUGAAGCCCAGAAUUGUGGAAAGCAAUUAAUAAUGUCAUUUUCAUUAAAUCGAUUCCACCCUGAACCUUUUAAUUUAUAUUUUUGCAAUGUAAACAAGGAAAGUUUUACAAUGCAAUUUGUUCAUAAAGGAAUACCAACAUUGUACGAAGAUGAUUUUCCAUUACACGUUACUGAAAAGUCGUACUUAGACUUGUUUAACCCACAAGACAUAGUGUAUCUUACACCAAAUGCUAAGCAUACUUUACAGAAGUUUGAUCCUACCAAGGUAUACAUAAUUGGUGCAAUAGUAGACAAGGGUACUAGCAAACCACUUUCACUAUUAUCAGCUAAACAAGCCCACGUUCAAGUGUACAGACUUCCUUUAAGUGAAAAAGUUGAAUGGGGAAGUGGAUCUGGAAAAACUCUACCUCUAAAUCAAGUUCUUUCAAUAUUACUAGAUCUGAGACAUACAAAUAGUUGGUCUAAAGCACUGGAACAUGUUCCUAGAAGAAAAUUGAAACAGCAAAGACUAGCAUAUAUGCUAAAAAGAAUAAAUUCUAGGAAACAUAGGUUACAGUCUAUGAAUCGUCAUGUUGAAAAUACAGAAUAUGAUUAAUUAUAUAAUAAUGCUUUAUUUUUAAUAAAAUAGAAAGUUUAGUUAAAUAUUUUAAGCUAAUAUAAAAUUUU